AGAAGAUCAUCUUAACACAAAAAAGAAUGACUGGGUCUGGAUAAUAACUCUUGCAGGAGUAGUAUUCUUUAUCUGUGUUCCUUUCUUCCUGCUGUGGUGCAAAUUCUUGAAAAAAAGAAGAAAAUCACAAAGAAAAAAUAAAAGCCAUGAUUUUGAAUCAGAAUUAUUGAUGAAUGGAAACCAAACUAUUUCAGAAGAAAAUAACACAGAAAUGGGAUGCAGAGAUACGAUGAAUAACAGUGGCGAAUCUAAAACGAAGAAUGACUUUCAGCGCAAAUUUAAAAUAAUUAUGGACAUUUGUAAAUCGGAACAUCUGAAUGAAACACAACAAGAUAGCGAGGAUUCAAAUUACGAAGAAAUGGGAUGCAGAGAUACGAUGAAUAACAGUGGCGAAUCUAAAACGAAGAAUGACUUUCAGCGCAAAUUUAAAAUAAUUAUGGACAUUUGUAAAUCGGAACAUCUGAAUGAAACACAACAAGAUAGCGAGGAUUCAAAUUACGAAGAGAAAAUUGACGAAUCUAUCGUUGAUGGAUGGUGGGAUGACGACAAGUUCUUUGUUUCAACCCGUGCAUGUGAAGAGGUGGAAAAAGCGACAGAAAAUAAGAGGCUCGUUAUUGUGACAGGUCACCCGGGAUCCGGAAAAAAAGCCAUAAUAAAACACAUUGCACUUCAAUGUAGAAAGGAUGGCUGGGCAGUUAAAUCAGUAAAGAGAGUUAAGGAAAUUGUAAAUGUCAUUUUGUCAAAAAAAGUUAGAGAGAACAAAACUUUAUUUGUUUUUCAUGAUCCAAUUGGCUCGCAAUACCGUGAUGAUUUAUUGUAUAAUGAAUGGAUUACGUCUGAGGAAAAAUUGAUGUCUUCUUUGAAAAAACCUAAAGAAGUUAAAAUACUCCUGUCUUGUAGAAAAUAUAUUUUUUCUAAUGAUGUAAAAAGAUAUUUUGGUAAUGAAUCAAACAUCGUUGAUAUUAGUGUUGAGCGAUUGGAAUUAACAAAGGAAGAAAAGCUGCUAAUUGUAAAGAGUUAUUUGAUUUUUGAUAAAUUUUCCGCAGACGACUUGGUUGAAGUUUUAAAAACCAAUCUGUGUUUUCCGUUAUUAUGUAAACAGUAUGCCAACAACAAGCAAUGCCGAAGUAAAGGAAUACAUUUUUUUCAAACACCUAAAGCUGUUUAUAUGGAGUUCCUAGACAACUUUAAAUACAAUGACAAUUUAAAAUACUGUGCUCUUGUUCUGCUUGCUUUCUUCAACAAUGACAUUCGCGUAGAUUAUUUACUGGCAGACGAAAUAUCUGUGAAAAAAUUUCAAGAUAUAGUACUUCGGUGUACAAUGAAGAAAAAAACACCCUAUGAUAUUUGUAAGACCCUUGAUUCCCUCGAAGGACUUUUCGUCAAGAAAGAAGAAAACACUUAUCAAUUUGUUCACGACUUAAUAAUGAAAAUCACCGCCGAGGAUUUUUUUAAUGAUUAUCCCUCAGAUUUCAUAAAAUAUGCUGAUACCACCUGUCUAAGAAUGGUAAAAGUAGACAAAUGUGAUUAUGACAGCAAUAAGUUUUCUAAUUGUCUUAAUGACAAAUACUUCGAUAGGUUUGCAGAGAGACUUAUAUCAGACAUCUUGGAAGAAACCUUUUUGAAUGCCAUACUGAAUCCAUGCUUAAGAAAUCAUACAAUAAUUAGUUUAAUUAUUGAGACACUAGAAAAGAGCCCAAAAACUAUCGAAAUGUUAAUGGAAACAAAAGAUAUGGAAACUGAAAAGCAAAAACUUAAUGAAACAACAAAGAAAUUGCUUCUCACUAGACUCUCUUUCGUACAGGGAGAACUCAAGAUAUCGCCCCUCUUUGCUUUGAUAGCCUUUGGUCAUACAGAAUUAUCACAAUUUUGUUUAAAACAUCUACAAGAUAUGCAAAUACAUAUCGAAGGCAAUUCAUUAUUGUCGGCGGUGUGUUGCAAUGGUUCAAUUGAUUUAUUUAACAUUAUAUACAACGAUCAAACAGGUCAAAACCUAAUAAUGGAGAAAUGGGGACAUCUCUCCCCAAUCCAUAUUGCAUCCGUGUUCCAUAAUUUUAUCUUGCUAGAAAAGUUAAUUGAAAUUGGCUUUGACUUAAAUUUAAUGAGUGACAGUAAAGGUAAAUGGACCCCUUUGGUGCUAGCAGCUGGAAACGAUACAGAGGAAAAUCAAUAUUAUCAUGAUGGAAUGUCAAGUGAUUCACGCCGCGACCGAACAGUUACACUUUUACUGGAUAAAGAAGCAGAUAUUAACUUGCGCACAGGUCACGGAAUCAGUCCUUUUGCUUCAGCUUGUAGAAAUGGACAUUAUAGCACUGCAAAACUUCUACAUCGAACGUGA